CGGCAGCAUGCCCAAAGCGGAGUGUGAAUAUCACCGGUAGUUGCCGGGGCGCGUUCACCAGUGCAGUGACGCGUCCCAUAGCAUAAGCAGUCUGUACUUGCUCGCCAUUCUCUCCGUCCACAACACUUCUUUCACCAUCCCACACGAUGCCUCCAAAAGCUGAUUGGGAGAAAUACGAGAAGAAGGGCGACGACAAGGAGGAGAAGAUUCAAGCUCUUACAACUAGUGAUAUCCAAAUCCUCAAAACCUAUGUAAGUACAAUAUCUAUACGCUCCGUCCGCUCAACAAUACAUUCCCUACAGGGCCAAGGCGCAUACGCCGCAAAGUUGAAGAAGACAGAACACGACAUCAAGGAAGUUCAGAAACGGAUAGAUGAAAAGCUUGGCGUGAAGGAGUCUGACACAGGCCUCGCUCCGCCAAAUCUCUGGGAUCUUCCAGUUGACCGACAACGCAUGGGAGCCCAUCCACUACAGGUUGCGCGGUGUACUAAAAUUAUUCCUGUUGAUCCCAAGAAAGCUGAGGUUGCACGCGCCGUCAACCCCGUCGGUGCUGCUCAAGGCCAGAAGGGGGCCGACGAGCAGGACAAAUACGUCAUUAACAUCAAACAGAUUGCUAAAUUUGUCGUUGGUCUCGGUGAUCGGGUCGCACCGACAGAUAUCGAAGAGGGUAUGCGCGUGGGUGUGGACCGGAAUAAAUAUCAGAUCCAGAUCCCACUGCCACCUAAGAUCGAUGCUUCGGUGACGAUGAUGCAGGUUGAAGAGAAGCCCGACGUCACGUACUCGGACGUUGGUGGAUGCAAAGAACAAAUAGAGAAGCUGCGUGAAGUCGUUGAGACGCCGCUACUAUCACCUGAGCGCUUUGUCAAGCUCGGUAUUGAUCCCCCAAAGGGCGUCCUUCUCUUUGGGCCACCCGGAACCGGCAAAACUCUCUGUGCACGUGCAGUCGCCAAUCGUACAGAUGCCACCUUCAUCCGCGUCAUUGGCUCUGAGCUUGUGCAAAAGUAUGUCGGCGAAGGUGCACGAAUGGUGCGCGAGUUGUUUGAGAUGGCACGUUCAAAGAAGGCUUGCAUUAUUUUCUUUGACGAAGUCGACGCUAUCGGUGGGGCGCGAUUUGACGAUGGCGCUGGUGGUGACAAUGAAGUGCAGCGCACGAUGUUGGAACUGAUUAACCAGCUGGAUGGAUUUGACCCUCGAGGUAAUAUCAAGGUGCUCAUGGCCACAAAUCGACCAGAUACUCUUGACCCUGCAUUGUUGCGUCCCGGUCGACUUGAUCGGCGGGUUGAGUUCUCACUGCCUGAUAAUGAGGGCAGGGCUCAUAUUCUCAAGAUUCAUGCUCGGAGUAUGAGUGUUGAGCGUGACAUUCGAUUCGAUCUUAUUGCUCGGUUAUGUCCCAAUACGACGGGUGCUGAGCUUCGGUCAGUUGCAACUGAGGCUGGCAUGUUUGCUAUUCGUGCCCGGCGGAAAGUCGCCACGGAGCGCGACUUCCUCGACGCAGUAGAGAAGGUCGUGCGGCAAGGGACGAAGUUCUCGUCAACACCACUGUAUCAACUAUUUCCCAGUGAUCUUUUACUGAUUUUGAGCCCGCCUCAUGCCUAUACUCUCUCCAAAGGGACCCAUCUUGUGCAGAGGAUCCCUUCGCGUACCGUCCAACGGCGGCGGUACCAUGUUCGUCGUGCACCGUUGCCACCGUCUGCUGAAUCUGCUCGACUUCUCGACUCAUUCGCGGCACAUCCGCCACUUCCUCUAACGCUCUCGACCCUCAUGUCCUUCGGUAACCCUUUAACACCUGUAUCUGUGCUGCGUUCAGUCACGUACGUACUCUCGGAGAUACCAAGACGUAUGGCCCAGCGUGUCCGCGCCCUGGAGGGGUUGCCAUUCAUUGUCGGCACUAAUCCAUACAUUGCACGAACUCUCAACGGUCACAGAGACAGCUUCAAAUUACUCGCCACUUAUCCUGAAGUGCGCACACUCGAGGACAAUAAACACUUUGUCGAUGAACUAGAUAUACUCGUGCAGAGACAUGGAAACGAUAUACCAACCAUGGCCAAGGGAUUCCAAGAGUGCUCGCGAUACAUGUCUCCGACUCAAAUAUCUAACUUCCUCGAUGGUGCUAUCAGAUCUCGUAUCUCUGUACGCCUGAUUGCUGAACAACAUAUCGCGCUCUCACAUGCACUUGCUACGGAUCCCGGCGCCGCCGAGACUAGCGUGCUCAUGCACAAUGGUGUCAUUGAUCCAAAGUGCUCCCCCGCGGUUAUGGUCCGCAUAUGUGGCGCAUUCGUUAGCGAAUUAUGCGAGGCGACCCUUGGCACAAGCCCCAACAUUACGAUUGACGGAUGUCCAGAAGCUACAUUCACCUAUGUCCCUGUGCAUCUUGAAUAUAUCCUCACUGAAAUGCUCAAGAACGCGUUUCGCGCUACUGUAGAGCACCACCACAAGCUUCAUGGCCUCGCUUCAUCCCACCCCCUACCACCCGUACAAAUCACCAUCUCACCCCCUACUUCAUCCCAUCCAUUCCUAUCAAUUCGAAUUCGCGACCAGGGUGGUGGCGUCUCAGCGUCCAACAUGGCUCGUAUAUUCUCAUAUGCUUUCACUACCGCGGGGUAUGCCGAUGACCAAAACGGAGACGGUGGACCAUACGCCGCCCAGCAUAUUGGCGGGAGCGCAGCCAUUGGGAGUGGCAGUGCAGGGGAAUGCGGGAACCUUUUUAGCGAGAUCACAGAGAAGGGUGUCCAAGUGGGCCUUGGAACAAUUGCAGGUCUAGGGUAUGGGCUCCCUCUGAGUAGGUUAUACGCAAAAUAUUUCGGUGGUUCAUUGGAUUUAUUUUCGCUUGACGGGUGGGGCAGCGAUGUCUUUAUCAAACUUAGAUGUUUACUAGACGAUGCAGGCGACGCCGAGAUAUAGAUCCAUCGGACUUAAGUUGUAAUGUUUAACUGUAUUUCACGUCCAACACUUUGCUGUUACCUUACGCUCGUGUCUCUGAACAACUAUAAUACUUGUGUGUUUUCCCGGUGUCCUGUUGCCAAUAGUAAUGCAUUAUAGCUCAAAUGUGGUUAUCUAGAAGAUGAUCGGUGAUCAGCUGCUCUUUAGCAUGCCCAAGUUUGAAUUGGUAAGUGACUGGAUGUACUGUAAUUUCUUUGUAGACACUGUGUAAGGCUGGUUGAUUGAGUUCGACGGGGAAUGAUUCGGACCAAGAGAGAAUGAGUGAGGGGGAGUUUAUUCACUGGAGCUAUAGAAAGUAGGGACCGACUAUUUAUAUAUAAGUGAGC